AUGAAAGGUGUGUUGAGGUUUAGAAAGAAAGGGAAGUUGAGACUACGAUUCAUUGGACCUUUUGACAUUCUUGAAAGGAUUGGUAGUGUGGCUUACCGACUUACCUUACCACCUGAACUGGCAGUAGUGCAUAAUGUGUUUCAUAUCUCAAUGCUUAGAAAAUAUGUUCACGAUCCCAACCAUGUCGUAAGUUACCGAACUUUGGAAGUACAAAAGGACCCGUCGUAUGAAGAAAUUCCAAUAAUGAUUUUGGACAGAAAGGUGCAUCAACUCAGAAAUAGAGAAGUUCCACAAGUCAAGGUGCGAUGGCGUAAUCAAGGGCUGGACGAGUCAACAUGGGAGAAGGAAGAUGAGCUUAAAAGCAAGUAUCCAGAACUCUUCGAUUAG